GUAGUUUUAGGUUAGUUAUCGACUACAGUUGAAGAUAUUUCCUAAUGUGAGUACGCGACGUGGAUCCUCGUGCCUUUUCCGUUUAGAAAUCCAACAUGGCUCGUGGUCCAAAGAAGCAUCUCAAGCGUCUCAAUGCACCUAAAGCAUGGAUGUUGGACAAACUCGGGGGUGUGUAUGCCCCCCGGCCAUCCACUGGUCCACAUAAACUCAGAGAAUCACUUCCUUUGGUUAUCUUUCUUCGUAAUAGAUUGAAGUAUGCUUUGACUAAUUGUGAAGUUACUAAAAUUGUGAUGCAGCGCUUGAUUAAGGUUGAUGGAAAGAUUCGCACUGACCCUAAUUAUCCUGCUGGUUUCAUGGAUGUUAUUACAAUUGAGAAGACCGGUGAAUUUUUCCGAUUGAUUUAUGACGUUAAGGGACGUUUCACCACCCACCGCAUUACCGCUGAAGAAGCCAAAUACAAAUUGUGCAAGGUAAAGCGAGUUCAGACUGGUCCCAAAGGAAUACCGUUUUUAGUUACGCACGACGGUAGAACAAUUCGAUAUCCUGACCCUGUUAUAAAAGUCAAUGACACUAUUCAUUUGGAUAUUGCCAGUGGCAAGAUUUUGGAUUCUAUCAGAUUUGACUCCGGUAAUCUCUGCAUGAUUACUGGUGGAAGGAAUUUGGGUCGAGUUGGGACUGUUGUCAGUCGUGAACGUCACCCUGGUUCUUUUGAUAUCUGUCAUAUAAAGGAUGCCCAGGGUCAUACCUUCGCCACAAGGUUGAACAACGUCUUCAUCAUCGGCAAGGGCACGAAGGCAUACGUGAGUUUGCCCAGAGAUAAGGGUGUAAAACUCACGAUUGCCGAGGAACGUGACAAGAGAUUAGCAGCCAAAGGAAUGAAUUAAUAAUAAAAAUUUUCAACAAAAUAACAAAACAUUCAAUAAACCAAGGUCUUCUUGGCAAUUUUUAGUAA